UCGUCGGACCAUAGAGAGGGAGGUAGCGAGCGGAGGAGGAAGUAGAUCCGGUUCUUCUCUCGCGGGAAGGUCUUCUUCUGGCCCUGGUUCUGGGAGGAACCAUGAUUUCUGAAAGUGGCUCCUUCGUGAAGGGCAUGAUGCUCGGAGGGAUCUUCUGCAUUUUGGUCACUCUUCUAGGACAUAUUAAGGUGGGUCACACCACAAAGCCUCAUGAGCACCGUCACCUCCAGGCUCCGAGAAAGGAAGACAUUUUAAAUCUUUCCAAGGACGAAAGGCUGGACCUGAGCCAGAGCAUCCGUGUGUAUUGCAUUAUUCUUGUCAAACCCAAGGACCUUGGGCACUGGGCAGCUGUGAAAGAUACGUGGAGCAAACACUGCGACAAGGCUGAGUUCUACAGUUCAGAGACAGUUAAAGUCUUUGACUCCAUUGUGCUUGACACUGAUGACAUGUGGGCAAUGAUGAGGAAAGCAUAUACAUUUGCCUAUGAGAACUACAGAGAGGACUAUAACUGGUUCUUCCUGGCCCAUCCCAGCACUUUUGCCAUUAUUGAGAAUCUGAAAUACUUCUUGCUGAAGCAGGACUCAUCCCAGCCAUUUUACACGGGCCGCACAGAAACAUCCGGGGACCUGCAGUACGUGAACGGAGACGGAGGGAUUGUGUUAAGCGUCGAGUCACUAAGGCGGCUUUACAAAAUUUUCCAAGAGCCAGAUAAAUGUCCUGAACAAGGAGGCAUGAUUUGGAAACUCUCUGAAGAUAAGCAGCUGGCCGUCUGCUUGAAGUACAGUGGGAUACAUGCCGAAAAUGCUGAGGACUCUGAUAAAAAGGACAUCUUCAACACCAAACCAGUUGGGUCUCUCAUUAAGGAAGCCAUGUCAAGUCACCCUCAGGAGGUGGUGGAAGGUUGUUGCUCAGAUAUGGCCAUCACCUUUGGUGGGCUGGCUCCUAAUCACAUGCAUGUAAUGAUGUAUGGGGUUUACAGACUCCGAGCCUAUGGGCACAGUUUUAAUGAUGCUUUAGUUUUCCUACCUCCCCCAGGCUCAGAUAACGACUGAAGAUUGUUGCACAGGAACAACCCUGUAAAGCGUGUAGUCUUAAUCUGUAGUGUCCUUCAGCAAACGGCAUGUACACAAGCUGGUACAAAUUUUGUAUUUGAUGGUAUUGUUGUGUAGCUACCUUUUUGCACAACCUGCUUUUGUAAUCUUUACAAGUGGGAAACGGGAUCCUUUUCUAAAAGAAAGAAAAAAUAACCCUUUUAUACAAACUUUUGAGCAUCACUUGAAAAGCUAUCUAAGGUUUCUUUGUCAACAGAAAUGUAUAGCGAGUAUGUAAAUAUUUAAAAUCAAAAAUUAUCCUCCAUUUACUGUAAAUUAAAUCUAUUUUUUCAA